UUUCCCUUGUUCACUCUGUCCUUCUGGUACAGGUGUCUAUUUCUCUCCUUCUCCUCCUUCAACUUCUCCCUAUUCCUCUCCCUCUUGAGUCCCAACUGUCAACUCUUCCAACUGUCAUCUGUCCAGUUGUAUAAAACAAGAGGUCACUAAGUGCUGUGUGUUUGAUUCUGAUGGGAACACAGCGCCACCUAGAGGACUUGGAACCACCAGGGGUGACUUCCUGCACCAGUGCAGACAGGCACAUCAUCACAAGCCAGCAGAGAGGGAAGUCCUUUGGGAUACGGAGAAGACCAGGGGUGACUGUCAUACCUAGAGAGCGCUGGGAAGCAGGUAAACAAGCUGCUGACGGAACACAAGGCUGUAGAACACACUAGAACCUCGGAACCCACCCGAACCAGCGUACUGCGGCGGGCUGACUGAAUACAUUCGUUCCACAGGUCUGCACAGAGAGGCUGGACUCUGUGGUGGAGCACAGCACACUUCAGAUGAGACUGUUGAAAGAUAAAUGCUCUGGCGAGAUGACCACGAGGUUGGAGAAGCGAGUGGAUGUCCCGGUCCCUGACCUGUCACUGAUCCGGGGUUUGUGGGAAGUCCGGGUGAAGAAGUACAAGCACAAACUGAGGACGGAGAAGGAGAGGGUGGAGAAGAGUGCUCUCGUUAAGAUCAACAAGCAGUGGCAGUACCGUAUCCACUGUAAGGCUCUGAAGUCCAGUGAGGUGACAUUGCUGCAUCACUACCUGGACAGGACCACUCUGCAGGACAUCCAACCCUGCCAGGAAACAGAUUCCGAGGCGCAGGAUGAAGACAGCAGGUUCAUCUUUGAGCUGGAUGGAGACAAAUGGACUAAGCUCCCUGACAGCCUUGAGUACAUGACGUACCUGAGGGAGUGGCACAUCCGAGGCACCAGGAUCCAGCAGCUGCCCGACUACAUCAUGGACUUCCAGGACCUCACCGUUCUGGAGAUCCCUAAGAACGGACUCAGGAAGCUCCCUGUGGAGAUAGGCAAGUUGACCCAGCUGAGAGAGCUGAACGUGAACUACAACAAGCUGAGCAGCGUGCCUCCAGAGCUGGGUGACUGUGAGAGCCUGGAGCGUCUGGAGCUCACUGGCAACCUCAGCCUCAGAGAGCUGCCCUUCGAGCUGAGCAGCCUGAAGAAGCUGAAGCACCUGGAUCUAGCGGAGAACAUGUUUGCCAGCAUCCCCAUCUGUGCCCUUCGUAUGUCCAGCCUGCAGCUGUUGGACUUGAGCAACAACCAGCUGACAGACCUACCAGAGGAUAUGGACAGGUUACAGGAGUUGGACACUCUGUUCGUCCACAAGAACAGAAUGUCCUACCUACCACUUUCUCUGUCCAAACUCCCAAACCUCAAGAUGGUUGUUGUCAGUGCAGACGAGCUGAACAGCUACCCCUCCAAACUAACAGAAUCCUCUGACAUCAAGUUUAUCCGUCUCUAUGACAACCCUUUCCACAAGGUGAAAGGGGAGGAAGAGGCUGUCAGGAAGGAAGAUCAUGAGAAGGAGUUCAUGCAGACAUAUAUUAACUCCCUCCAGGACAGAGAAACAGUUCCCUACUCCACCACCAAAGUGUCCAUCUCUUGUCUGCUGUGAUGGUAGGAUGCCCGGGCGAAGGAAGAAGCGGAUGCAACGACGGAGGGAGGACAGCACAUCUCCCUGCCUAAAUCCCACAUCCGUGGGACAGGCUGUGAGAGCUAUGGAGGUAGAACUCUGUGGUGGGAUUCUAGAACUGCACUUACGCGAAAACCCCUCAAUGAUGGCCUCUUCAUUGGUUUCUAUAGUGAUAGUGGAAUCCAAGAACCUACACUCACUCACAAUGGUGAUGCACACAAAGAGGAAUGUAAGAAUGAGCACGGAGCUCUCACGUGAUUCCUUUCGCCGCGCCUGAGAACGAAUUAGAUUAGUGUACAUUUUGCUUCAUUGCAUCCUCUACUAUUUAUUUUUGGACUGGAGGCAUCAAAUGCUCCAUAAAAUGACAGUUGUGUUUGAAAGGGAGGCCUGUAGAACUUCUCUCCAGCUGUGAGUACCACUCUGCUUGUUGUUCUUCGGAUCUUGCUGAAAGUAUUUGUAGGUUUAAGCAGUUUAGGCUGGCUUCUCACUUGUGAUUGGCCUCUCAACUAUCCUUUGAGAGAAACGCUGUAUGUACUUUCUAUGGUGAUGUGAUGUGACCAAACUCUUGUUGCCCAGGCAGGCUUAUUUUUCCAAGGUUUCGUCUCAAGACAUUGUUUAUUGUUGGAGAAUUAGAAGCACAGUUGAUCACAUCCUGUUCUCAUGAGUAAUAGACAAUACCGUGAGCUACAGCUUUGUUAUUGUGAUCUUGACUGUCCUCAGAUUUAGCAGUGCGUAGGAUGUGGUUUUACCACUGCUUCUCAUGUCGUAAGAUAUGCCUACUUGUGCAAUCAAUAUGCCUGCAAAUCAUGUUCAAUUAGAAGAUUGAAUGGAUUUUUUAAGAAUGAAAGGCUUCUUGUGAAUAAAGAGAAUAAAGACAACAAUUAAAUUACA